CCUAAUUUUUUCAAGGACGGGAGUCAUUGAGGAUUGUGGUUUUGGCGGCUUCAUAAUGACAGAAAUUCUACCGAUUUCUUUGGUGAAUUUCAAUGCAGAUAGUGGUUAUUUAGAAGGUCUAGCACGUGGAAUUAAGGGUGGACUUCUAAAGCAAGCUGAUUACCACGUGCUAGUACAGUGUGAAACAUUGGAUGACCUAAAGCUCCACCUGCAUGAUACUGACUAUGGGGAAUUUCUUGCCAAUGAACCUGGACCUUUGACUGUGGGGAUCAUUGAAGAAAGAAUUCGCGAAAAGUUUGUGUCUGAGUUCCGACACAUACGCAACCAAGCUGUAUACCCAUUAUCUUUAUUCUUGGAUUACAUCACAUACAGCUAUAUGAUUGAUAAUAUCGUGCUUCUGAUAACAGGGACUCUCCAUGGAAGACCGAUAUCCGAACUUAUGACUAAAUGCCACCCUCUUGGAACAUUUCUGGAAAUGGAAACCCUGAAUAUUGCAACUAACCCAGCUGAGUUAUACAAUGCUGUACUCGUGGACACGCCUCUAGCUCCAUUCUUUAUUGAUUGUAUUUCGGAGCAAGACUUAGAUGAACUUAAUAUAGAGAUAAUACGUAACACUUUGUACAGGGCGUAUAUUGAAGAUUUUUAUGCCUUCUGUAAGUCACUGGGUGGAAUUACUGCGGAGGUGAUGUGUGAGUUGUUGGCAUUUGAAGCUGACAGAAGGGCGUUUAUCAUAACAAUCAAUUCAUUCGGAACAGAACUCUCAAACGAAGAUAGAUCCAAACUUUAUCCUCGCUGCGGAAAACUUAACCCUGAGGGGCUUGUUCAGCUUGCUAAGGCUAACGAUUACGAACAAGUAAAAUCCGUUGCAAGAACUAUUCCUCCUUGUUUGAAGAAACUGGCGAGGGCUUUGGAGAUAAGACAUUAGAAGAUAAAUUCUUUGAAUAUGAAGUCCAAUUGAAUGUAGACGCCUUCUUACAGCAGUUUCAUUAUGGUAUAUUCUAUGCCCUUCUUAAAUUAAAGGAACAAGAAAUGAGAAACAUUGUUUGGAUUGCGGAAUGCGUUUCUCAACGUCAUCGUACCAAAAUUGACUCUUAUAUCAAUAUUUUAUGACAUGAAUAUGAUGUUUUGUUGGAAAACUAUUCCACGCUUAAAAUGCGUUCUAAGCAUAAUGUUUUUGACUAUUAUAUCUUACUUUGGAUUUAUUUAUAAUUUAAACUCGUUAAAAAUUUACGUAAAUUAUUUUUUCUGUAUGAUUAAUUCCAAGUGAUUAUCAAAACGUUUAAGUCGUCUGAAUCAUUAAUAUCAAUUUUGAGAUUUCCUUUCGCAACUAUCAUUUUACUUGGAUUCUUUCAUUCUUUCUCCUAACACCUGGUUCUUUGUUAAUGUUGUGUUGGAAUGUCAAUAAGCUAUGUUGCAGUUCUCUGAAUUUUGUUUAACUAGGUUUGUACUUUAAGUGUCACACUAGUUGUUAGUGACGUGAAUUAAUUAUAUUAACUUCUAGUACAGUAAA